AUGAUGAUGACUAGUCAACAACCACUGGCGCCACGGACAACAACAACAACAACAACGUCGACAUUCUCACCACCACCGUCAUUGUCUUCGUCGAAUGAAAUGAAUCACAUGUAUUUCACUCCGCAAAUUGAUUCUCAAUUGAAUACUCAUGAUAAUGCUGAUGAUGAUGUUAAUUCGACGAAUAAUUAUGCGUCAUUUUCAUCUAAUCAACAAGCAUUUGAUUAUUUUGCAAAUUUACAAAGU